AGGUGUAAUCUAGCAAACCAAAAAACACCCGCGUAACUCCGCCUAGUCCAAAACACGAACGACUUCCAGCGGUUUGAGUUGGCAGUAAUUUGGCACACUUCAUCAUUUUGUUGAUGAUCGAUUUGGUGAUCUGUAUGACACUUCCUCAAUAUGAGCACAGGACCAAGGACACAAGCUGCCUUCAUCCAGGGAAACCAGAGCACAAUUGAACAUGAUGCCUCCCACUCAGCACUCUUCUACCUUUUUCAAGAAGUUUCCAAGCUAGCAUCCCCCAUCCACAACAGUUUCCUGGACACAAAUUCACCCUCCACGUGGCUUAAUGACACUUCUAGGCAAGGUCAUUUUAUACUUAAAAAAGAGGAAGAGGAUGGACAUCCGUUUCAAAUCUCUACUAGUUCCUACCAGCACAGUUUGUCUUGUAUGUCGCCUUAUAAUCAGAUGAAAAAAGUAAAGGAGGAAAGUCACAAUAGCAAGAACACAACUUUGGUUGAGCCACAUCCUAAAUGCAACAGCCCCUGGAAAGUACUCAGUCUGAUCAACCUGCAGUGUGAGAGGCUCCUGCAUAAGAAAGAUGUGGAGGAGCUUGACUCAAGUUCAGUAUCUACCACACAAUUAGACCAUUCAACAGACAAAUCAUCAACUGCAACAGCAGAUGUAAUGGAUCAGGGAGUCGGAGGUAAUUGUCUAAGUGUUGAAUGCACUUUGAGACCAUCUCUUCUUAUCUAUGAGAGACAAGAAAUCCCGUCCUGUGUCAGUCUUGUGGAAGAUGUGAGAGGGGACUGCAGCGGUGGAGACAGACGUUUUAAACCUCAUUGCUGUGCAAAAGACUUCGAGCUGGGCUGCUGUGUUCAGUCACAGAAUGCUGAAAAAGCAGACACUGUUUCAGUGUUCAGUAACAGACAACUUGAGUGGAACCAGGAGGUCAAGGAGGAUAGUUUCUCUUCUGCAGAGGAUAUUUUGCAUGUACCCUUCUCUGGAAAUAUUUUGUCACAAACACACAAGCCCUAUGCAUACCUUAAUGCCCAGCUGACUGUAAAUUCAAAUGAAGAUGCAUGUGUAGUUUUGUCAAAGCCAGCACUAGCUCUAGACCACAAUGCAAACUUUGCUGUGACUACAGAGCUCCCAUGUGACACCCAAUUGCCACCUUUGAGCUCUGUCCUGCCUCCUGCACAAUCAGUUUCACUUUUAUUGGGCUCUAACGAGACGUGUCAGUCUCUCACAAAGAAAGAUGACAAAAUCACAGCAUCUAAACCACAAAGUACACCUGCUCGCACAGAGGAAAAAGGCCCUCCAGUAACACAACUGAAACCAUCAAAAAACACCUCAUUUUCUGCAACAUCAAAAUCAGAACCCAGGUCAGUGCAAAAGGAGGAAAUUACUGCUCCAUCGACGCAGCAGGGGCGAGCCAAGACUCUCAGAAAACAACCUCAUCCUAGACGGAGUGCUAAUAUUCAAGACCCAGACUUCCAGGGAGUGACGUUCAGGAUGGACACAGAGCUGGACGCCAAUAGGGAGCAGUGUCGGCUCCUCAUAACUUCAAAGUACAGCAAGGAGCUCCAUAAGAGGGUAAGAAAACCCAGACUCAGGACCCGGGCGUCCCAGAAAUCCCAGAAAUCCAUUAAAACUAGCAGCUCAGAUGAAGAAAGUGACCUGGCAACCAAUGUUUCCAAGGGUAAAGUCUGUGCAUCAUGCUGCACCAGGAAGACCCCCAUGUGGAGGGAUGCAGAGGACGGGACGCCACUCUGUAAUGCCUGUGGAAUAAGGUAUAAGAAGUACAGAGUGCGCUGUGUCAGCUGCUGGCACAUCCCCAGGAAAGAGGACAACUCCAACUCUUGCUGCCUCAAGUGUGGAAACUUUGUCAGGCUGACCUCAGCUCAGCGGAAACACACCACCUAAGGAACAAACACGGAGAAAAGGUUUUUAUGUCUACAUGUGACAAAGCUCUACACACACUUGCAAACAAUAGUUUAAGACUACUCUCUCUGCUCAUGUAGUUUUUAGUCCAAUAUAGUUCACUACAGAUGGGAAUUCAGAUACAGGGGAGCAGGACCAGAGUCUUACAUCUUACUUGACUAAUCUAAAAAUGGAGAAUGUCUGACAAAUUUUCUUUAUAUCAGAUUGUACUGCACUGAUCCUAUUUGUGCUACCUGCUAAGCUGUAUGCAGCAUAUGUGACAGAACUUGAUGGGUUUGUUUUCCUCUCCACACAAAGAAGGGUCUAUUGAUGAAGCACAGACAGUUAAUAUUGUUUUAAUGGGAUCCUGAAGGGCUACUAUAAGAAAAUGCAUUCGGUGGAAAGUUGAGUCAUAAUUGUUGACAUUUUUUUCAUCUAAAUAGCUUCAGUGUUGCAUGCGUAUUCUGGUCAGUUGUGCCAGAUGGCUGCAGAAGAAAGUUAUUUUUGUCCAGGAACAAAAAGUGCAACCUGAGCUCAAUGCUGUGUUCACUGUUAUUAACUGCAAAACAAUUUGCUGCUCUUGACCUUGACACUGAGACUGUCUGCUGACUUCAGUGGAUACACAUUUAGUUGCACAUGUUAAAUCAAGUUAUUUAUUGUCUUUGUCGUUGUUUAUAAUUGUUGUUGUUGUUUUUCUUCUUCUUUUGUUGUUUAUUUGGGUUGUUGGCGGUUUAAUUGGUGCACUGAUUUCCUUGGCGUUGCUGUUUUCUAUUUGAAAAAAAUUGAUUUUUGUGUGUUGCAUGGGUUUUGCAUGAGUCUGUAUUAAAUUCAGUGUAAAACAUCCAA